AUGGCUUGCUGGUCUGCUGAAAAUGCCACUAAAGCCUACCUCAAAACAAUGAAAAUGGGAAAAGGGGCUAAAGAGCCAGAUGCAGCCGAGUUCAUUUCAGCCCUUGCAGCUGGAAACAACGCGCAACUCCUGGUUGUGGCGUGUGCAGGCAUUGCAGGCUCCGCCACACUAGCCCUUGUGGCAGCUGCCCACCAAACUGGUGGCCGCGUUGUUUGCAUCCUCCGUGGCAAUGAAGAGCUACACUUAUCCAAGCAAUCUCUAGGCCACAAUGCAAGUCAUGUACAAUUUGUUAUCGGAGAAGCUCAAAAUCUGCUGCUAAAUGACUACAAGCAAGCGGACUUUCUAGUCAUCGAUUGCAACCUUGAGAACCAUGAAGGAAUCCUCAGAGCAGUGCAGGCAGGUGGGAGGCUUAAUGGUGCCAUCAUUCUAGGGUAUAACGCGUUUUGCAAGGACUCGUGGCAAUGGAGUGGAUCGAAUACUCAGUUGUUGCCUAUAGGAGAAGGGUUGCUACUAACCAGAGUAGCUGCAAAGGCCAAGAGAGCCAAUUGUGGUGGUUUUGGGAAGACAAGAAGUCAUUGGGUUGUUAAAGUAGAUAAAUGCACAGGUGAAGAGCAUGUGUUCAGGGUCAGAUCUCCUCAGGGAAGAGUUAUUGAAGCCUAA